AUGCAAUUGCAGAUAGCCGAGCGAGGUCCAAGGGGAAGAUAUGCCCGCACAAUAUGCCGCGGCUGUCGCUCAAGAAAGAUUAAAUGCGUCAUGCAGAACCGGGGUGAUCUCGGUCCCUUGGGUGUUCCGCAACCUCCAGAAACAUCUUGUGAAAGAUGUCGCAAUCUAAACCUAGAAUGCAUCUUUGAGCGUACCUUCUUAGGACGCCCCGCAGCGAAGCGCCUUCGUGGCAUGGCGGCUCAAGGAAAUAAUACCGUAAUAUCAGCCGAAUCCGACAGACCUGUUGGCCCGCCUAUCACUUCUACGCUUUCCAGCGUGGAUAUCCAAGAUCAUCUACUCUCCGAUGCAGGGGAGAUUGGCCCGAAUUGGCAGAAGGAGUUGCGAACGGAACUAGCUCCGCGUCCGACUAAAGAGGAGCGUUUCAAAUCGAUGAUAGAGCCCCAUUUUUUUCUUUCAUCAAUCUUGUCCAAAGAUCAAGCAUUUGGGAGUGAUAUAGCUCAACUCCCUUCUUCUUGGGACGUAUCUCUUACAGAGCUCAUUGACAAUGACACUGCGGAGUCGCUUGAAAAGAGUUUGACUUGGCAUUACUUUUUUCAUCCUUCAAUGCCCAGACUGGUAGAGCUUAGAAGCCGCUUACUCUCGAAUGACUUCACGUCGAUCAACAUCGCAACAAAGCUGCUCUUUGCACUGCUCUGCUUGACUGCUCUAGACAUUGACGAGGCCUUGGCCAAAAGAAACCCCGCUUUGAAUUCGAGUCUACGCCUCGCUGUGGCAUUUUUCGGUCAAGAAUUUAUAUUCGCGCCACCAACGCAUCAUGACACGGUUGUGCUCAAAGAGUGGCAGAAAGACUUAAAGAAAAUUCGGAGCAAGGAUGUGCACUUCCAUCUAUUGCAUCAUGACACAUUCCUGGAUGGUUAUCUUGCAAAAUCACAUUAUGCUCUACGACAAGCUCUUACGAAGAUGACGCCUGUUGUCGAUGUUUACCAAAUUAUUUUGAAACAUCGGCAGUGCUCACCAAGAACUAUCUUCCACAUUAACUGGGCCAUCUCAGUCUGCAUUCUGUUGAUUGCUGUGGCAAAUUUAAAAGAAAGAUGGAACAACCCCGGAUCGCUGUUUAGGGAAAUUGAAGAGGCUGAGAGAAGAUGUGCUGAGCAACUCCAAACGAGUGACGUCUUAUUGGAGAAAUCAUCGGGCAUUUUUGAUUCACAGGAGAUAGACACUGCUCGCUCCAUCUUAGAGCUAAGGUUCAAUUCUAUUGUUGCUAGGAUAUGGGGCCUCGGGCUUUUAUAUGCGUCAGUUCUUAAAGUAAGGUCUUUGGAAGGCGGACUGAAAUGGGAACACGAGAUUGAGAGCCAUGAAGCAAUUCAAAUCAGUGAUCAAGUCAGGAGCAGCAGAGGGGAUAUGAUCGCCGGCACAGCAGAACCUUUUGCUAUGGCAUUGAGUCAGCUUGGAACCAAGUAUCCCAAAAAGCUAAGAAGCCUUUUGGAGAUCUUCAUCAGAUGCACGGAUUCAAGGCUUGCUGGCACAGGCUUUCGCCCUCCACUUCAACAUCUUGCUCUUGAGGUUCUCACACAUUGCAAAAAUAUUGUUGAAAACAAUCUUGUGCACUUGAAGUGUUUUGGACGAUUGAACCCCGAGUUUGAGAAACAGCUCGAGCUAUUUAACAUAUGCGCACGGCGAUUCGAUUCUAUGGUUGCCGCGCCGUGGACGUCAACUGACGUGGCCUUUGCUAAUGGCUGCGUCUAUGCCGUGGGUAGUAAAAUGAUAUUGGGCUUUUGUCAGGUGAUGAAAACGGCGAAAGAAAACCUCUCGAGGCGAACUGAGAGACAGGAGGGUCAGCACGGAGAGGGGAGACAGGCAGGAGUGAGCUUUUCACCUAUGUACUCAGACAUGAGUGAAGGUAGUUUCUUUGACCUGACUACGUCAACUGAAGCAUGGAAUAUGUGGCCUUAUCUUGGGGGAUUUGACCCGCUUCCCAACCCACUGGAACUUUAUAACUGGAUUGAAGGCCAGAACACUCAUGUUGAUCCUGGGAGUAUCCCAUUUCUAUGA